AUGGCUGUCCACUCCAAGAACGAGGCCUUGAUGUGCAAGGUGUUCCUGUCUAGUCUGGGGCCUGUGGCAAUAAGAUGGUUCGAUGGCCUGGGAGCAGGUUCUAUAGAUUUCUUCAAGGAACUUACUCGGGCGUUUGGAUCUCACUUUAUCACAUGCAGUAGGGUUCUUCGGCCUUUAGAUUCCUUGUUGUCUAUGACCAUGCGAGAAGGGGAGACCAUGAAAACGUACUCAGAUAGAUAUUGGGAGAUGUUCAAUGAGAUAGAUGGUGACUUUGAUGAUGUGGCCAUAAGAACUUUCAAGGUCGGCGUACCUGCCGAGCAUGGUUUGAGGAAAUCUUUGACUGGGAAACCUGCUAACAGUGUACGUCAACUCAUGGACCGAAUUGAUAAGUAUAAGCGAGUCAAGGAAGACCAACAACAAGGGAAAGGGAAGGCUAAGCUUAUCCCUCAUGAGAGGAAGAAUUUUAGGUUGGACAGAUACAACAAUAACUGGCUCCGAAGAGACUUUGCUGGACAUUCGGGGUCUGCCACUACUUAA